UGUCCACCGCUUCCCUCGGCACGGCAUGGUUGUAGUGUAGCUACAUUCCAAUUGGAUCGUGCGCCGUCGUCCACAACACAACAAGCUCCGCUCGCGGUUUGCCUUGGCUUGGAUGACUACUGAACGACUUGUGUGUAGUAUAUGUAGGCCUAUCUCGUCGACGGAUCCGACGAAUCCAUGCGAGAGGUUUAGUUGCAAUUGGAUUUCGACACGGUUCGCACAAGCUAUCCGCCGUGUCUCCUCCCGAGUGGGAUACACACUGGUGUGUUGGAAGAAGGUGGGCCUUCGCUAGUGGAGAACUUUCACUCUGGUGGUUGGUCCGUCCCUUCAUGGCCCCAUCUCAAUUCCAUGGGUUGCUCGGAUCGAUAGAUUGCGGGGUACGUGCGUUCGAAAACCGUCGACCAUCCGGUGGUCUUUGCGGUGGUUAGGACGUGGCCGCGGUCACCAAAUCCAAGCAGCGAGCUGCUGCUGCAGCAGCAACAGCUACUACACAAGGCCUCCUAUGUUGGCAUGCGGAGAUUGUGCUUGUAAAAGACGAUCGCGAAGAGUGUGGGAUUAGUCUUUUUUGUUAAAAUAAGGCAAACAGUGAACGGCAGAGAAAAGCCAGAGAUUAACAACUACAUACAACAUAAGCUUAGCAAUGCAGGACAGUGUUAACGUGUUGAACAAUGAUGGUGAUGAUGGUUCUAAUCCUACGGAAGCGAGAAAUGGCACCGAUAUCGAUCUGAUGAGCAGCGCGAGUGCGGACAGUUUCCGGGAGAAAAUAAGCGAGUGCAUACGCAACAAGGGCCCGGGUGCUCCGUUUGCCAGUGAUAGAAACGUUCGACCCGCUUCCUUGCCAAUUAAAAAGUGUUUCAAUUACAACGAAGAUGGUGCUGGUGUUGGUAGUGGCACUCAAGGCGAGGCACUACUAAGCGUAUCGCAGUCGCAGCGAACAGAGGCGACAUUCCUCAGCCCAAGUGAAGGCCAAUUUUGGAAGCGCUAUGCGGAGGUGUCAAAGUUCACAAGAGACAAUAGCAACGGCAACAUCAACAGCGGUGGAACGGAUUCCGCCGCGAAGAACCGUCGAAGGUCGGAUACAUCGUUUAUGCUAGCGAAGCAGCGAUUAUCGUCGUUUGGUGUGGGAGAACACUCGACGACAAAUGCCGAGACAAUGGACGAUGAUUUAGCGCCGCUCUUGCCCAGCAAGCGAGAAUUGUCGCAGGAGGACAUCUAUCAAUCUCAAACUUCGCUGGUGUCCAGCUCCGAGGGCGGAAUCCUAGCCGAAGGCGAAGAAACUUCCAGUGAAUCACAAGCCUCGGAAAACUCCCGCAGUCCAGCAUGUGUUCUGGGUCUAGUCGAACGGUUACUGCGAACACACCCAGUGUGGUUCCUGCCCGGUAUCCAGCGUUCCGGUGCCGUUCACCUGCUGCAAGGGAAGGAGGAAGGGAACUUCAUCGUGCGUGGUUCGAGUCAAUCGAAAACCAUGGCCGUUUCCGUCCGACUUCCCCUGGACACCGGUCCGUACAUCGAGCACUAUCUGAUUCAGUCGAACGAAGGCCUGCUCAGUUUAGAGAGUUCUCGGUUCAAGUUCGACUCGAUUCCGGCGCUCAUAGCCCAUUACUCGCAGUGUUGUGAUGAACUUCCGGUUCAACUGUGUCUUCCUAAGGCGCUUCGUGAAGCGAAAAACCGGCAGCAGCUAUCUUCCCUGGCCCUGCUGGGGCAGGAGUUCUGGCGAUACCCGAUGGCGUCGCCCAAACCGAAAACCGUACUAUCAGCUAAUUCUAGUCACUUGAACACCCCAUCCGACGCCACGCAAUCCAGUGGCAUUGGGUUGACGUUCAACAACAAUAGGAACUUGUCGUCUUUCAAUCAUUUCGGUCCGGAGAGUAAUCCGAACUUUGCUGGACCGAGUGAAACUCCCACGGAUACCAUAUCCACAAUGAGCAGCUUCACUAUCGGCCAGGGGCAUCAAUUGCUCAGCCCGGAAUCGAUCGACAGUGCAGUAAUCAUGUCACCGUCGGAUCCAAAUCAAACGGGAAUCAUUGGCAAGACGAGUACCUUCAAAUCGAAGCGACCGCUUCCAUCACCAACGCUGGUUUCGUGUGAUGUCGAGAAGCAGAUCGAAAUCUUCAACGCCAAUUUGUUUGGCAGCACGGAUUCCAAGAUCGGUGAAUCUGUUAAUGCGGGUACUUUGGAACGACAGUUGAAGACACCCAGGCCAACGCCGCCGAAUACUUUAAAUAUCAAACCCAUAAGAAGUCCUCCAGCGCCACCAGCUCGGCGAUUGAAGCCACCCAGUGCUGCCAGUACACCGAACACUGAAACCAAUUCGAUGUUCUCCAACAAUAUCACUGUAACGACAACGGUCACAUUUAGCGUGGACAAUCAUACAAAUACGCAAAUCAUAGAACUAGUUUCACCAAAUGAAACUAACAAUAAUGGCAACAGCAAAGGAUUUUCCACUUUCCAAAGCUCCCUAAAGCGUCUUCCGCCGGAUGGAGAGUGUCACAUUUCCGGUUCACUAUUCAGGAAUCAAGAGGCGGAUGAUGGCCGAGCGUCCGACUCGGAGGGUAAUCUGCUGGCAAUCCAGUCUCCCCUGUGCGGUAGUAACGGCAAUCAACAAUCGUUUCGGAAGCAUACCAAGAUGGAAUCCAGCUCUGGAUUGAUCCACUCGGCCCGUACUAGCAGGCGGAACAAACGAAAAGAGUCCAAACAUUAUCAGGAAUCCGAUAUUUUGGAAUCUCCUUCGGUGUACUGUCGAAGCAAUUUGGGUGAUAAAAUAAGCGAUUAUGAGGAUCUGUGGACGCAGGACAGCAAUGGCAAUACCACUCUGAUAAAGGGCGAUAAGCUAUCUACUUUUAAGCCUGAAUUGGAUAGGUCUUUAGACCCACUAUCGCCAGCUCAAGAAACAUUUCAUACUUCGGUGCUCGAACGGCCUUUCGCUCCGUACAAUCCAACCAUUCCAGCCGAUGGUCCAAAGCCAUCUUUGAUGUCAUCUUUUAGCAGUAGCGAAAACUUUAUUCAACUUCGGCAACAUCGAGACGCAAGCAGCGAUCGAAGCACACCGACUGAGCAGCAUCAUAGAAACGUACUGAAAACAUUCUCGCCUACUCCGAUGCACGAGAAACCCCUACACAAUCCAAUGCUGGAACCGCGAUAUCGAAUGGGUCUCUGUUUUCCGAGUACGGCAACAAAUCGAUGCGACGCGAAUGGGAACAACGAUCACAGUCGGACACAGACGCCUUCGCCAUUGUUGAACAAUGGCGGUACGGCUCCACCACCAAAACAGGAUAGUCCGUUCUACGCUGACCCUGCCGACGUUCUCAACAGUAUAGUACGGAGGAGCCCUUUCAAUAGAUCUGCAAUGUUGCCCAGUAAUCAGAGGCAUUCCGAGCCUCCGAAGCAGUUGUUGAUUGAUCCCAACUCGCCGCUGAUGUGGACCUCUGUGGAACAAGAUGUUAGACUGAAGAAUCAACUGGCUGCAUCUCUAGACGAGUUGAAAAAUCCGAGAAACAUGCAACAUCACCUGCACCAGCAGCAACCUCAACCACAAAACCGAAUAGUUCAAACCGACAGGCUGAACUUUGAUCGGUUGUCCCUGGAGCAAACGGAAAACAACGACUACGAUAAUGACUUGCGCUGGAUGAAGGAACACGCAAAGUCAAAAUCUCCUCAGCCUCCAACCGACAGCGGUGCCGGAGGCCAUAGGAGUGUCAAAAUAUUGCCACCGGACGAUGGACGUACCAUCACCGUUCACCAGAUCAUUGCCAAACGAUUGCCAUACCUAGACUUGCCAGAAUUUCCCGCGAAUAGCAAUGGGUCAUCGGAUGCGACGAGAAACAAGGAGAACGAGAAUGGCAAGGGGACUUUGACCCGACCACAACGGAAGUCCGCCUAUGACAACGUGGAGAAGCAAGCUGCGGGGUACGCGACAUCCCUUUUGAAUAGCGCCCAGUCCGAUGAUGGAACGGUGUUCUCCGAACCUUGGGAUAGUUCGCAAUGGGAUACCUUUCUACCGCAAGACAACAACGCCGAUACGAUGCCCGUUGGAGACAUCCAAGCAAGCUCUGCUUUAGGAGGUGGUGGUAGAUUGUCCGAACGUUACGGGUCGAGAAACGAACUAUCUUCCUACAACAGCAUGUCGUUGCGACGCAACGGCCAGUCGAAGAAGUGCAGCGUCACGUCACAAAAGGUUGCUACGAUUCUGCGAUCCAGGAGCUGUCGGGAUCGGGAGAUAUUGUGCCAUCCACGCAACAAGACUGUAUUCAGCGGACCGGGCGAAUCGAUCGGAACGUACGCCCUGUCGUUGGCCGACGAUACCGAAUCGACCUUCUCGCGGAAUAUAUCCAACUUCAUAUCAUGCACCAAAGAGUCGAAGGCCGCCCCGCAGGUCGUAAUGCGCAACAUGCGACAGUUCAUGAGCGGCAUGAAGAACUACCUGGUCAAGCACGGCGAGGGCGAGUUUGCCAACGAAGUGCAGAAGGCGCGAUCUCAGCUAAAGUCGGACGAAUUUCUCAACCUGGACUCGAUCCUUGAGGAGGUGAUGCAUCGGUUGGUGAUUUUGCCACUGAGGGAGCAUCUGUACGGGCUGUUUGUCGAUUACUACACGCAAUCGGGAGACAUUCAACUGCUGGUGGAGAAGGUCAAACAAGCCUGCGGGCGGGGACCGUCGGUGUUUGGAAUCAAGAACACCGUGACUCCACCGAGCGCCAGCGCUCUCCGGCAAAUCUCGGCCCUGUUCGUGCGCCUCCAGGAAACGGAACUGCCCCUGGAGAAGCUUGAUCUCCUGUUGACGGCCGUGUCGACCAUUUUCGAAGCGACGUGCUGCUGCAACGGCCAGCAGCUCAGUGCGGACGAUUUUCUACCAGUAUUAGUGCUAGUGGUGGCCCACUGCGGGUUCAUCGGGGCCGAAAUCGAAGCCGAGUACAUGUGGGGCCUGAUUCAGCCAUCGCUGCUGAGCGGCGAGGCCGGAUAUUACCUGACGGCGCUUUGUAGUGCCGUGCACGUGCUGAAGAACUUCUCGCUGCACGAGCACGAAGGAAUCUCCGGAUCCAUGGAGUGGAGCUCCUCAACCCUGCCGGAGUGUUCAUCCGUUCUGAGGGUAAUCAUCCCGGACGAGUACAACGGUUCGAUCCAGACGCGCACUUUGCCCAUCCGACCGCACACAACGACAAGGGAGGUCUGUCGAAUCAUAGCCCACAAGGCGAGGAUAACCAACGCCCAGGACUAUGGGCUGUUCAAGCUAAUUGACGGCGAAGAGACCCUUCUGCAAGAUAACGAGUGUCCCCAGGAUGUACGGAUGGCGGCGUGCGGAAAACACUGCAUGAUCGCCUACAAACGGGUGGACGCGAAAAUUGCAUGGCCUACUGUAAUGCCAACGAGUUUGACGACUGAUAAUCAAUAGCGUUAGUGCGUUAGCGUUUAGUCUUUCCGAUAGAAAGCUAGCAUGUGAAAAUCAAAUAUACAUAGACGUUUUUUUUUAUUUAUUUGACCAAUCAGAAAAUCGUUUUUAUACAUUUAUUGCUACGUGCAGAACAUAUGGUUUCGAACUAAACGCGAUAAAAGCGCCGCCCCUAGAUGUAUGUAUAAAAGCCCAACACAGCCGUGAAGGGCGCUGAGAAAUGCAUUUUCUGUGACUGUGACUCUCUAUCGUUGGUGAUGUUUUGUAAGCACCCCUCCAAAUGCGUAACCAUACUUAAAUUCUUUCUGAUUCGCGUGUAUGUUUAUUGAAAUGGAUGGUCUUGGAACUGGGCAGAUUGGACUCUUCUUACUAAUGGUUUAACCUUACAAAAAAGUUUAUCUAUCCGUCGAGAAUGUUUGAAAAUGAAUUCGAAGAUAAACAAAACAGCAUUGCAAUUGCUACAGCGGGAAAUGUAAUUUGAUUGUGAUAACAGGAGCUACCAGCACUGCGGUUGCCAUAGAAAUCAUUAGUAGAGUAAUACACUUUUUGCAAUUUCUCAUCGUAAUAGGCUGUUUUGCCUCACGCAAAUCUACCAGGAAAAGGCCUACUUUCCCACACCAAAUGAACAGUGCUGUAAAGGUUCAUUACAGCACUGAUUUGCGUUGAUUAAUGAACCAUUACAGCACUGUUUUCAGUUUUGACCAACUUAUUGAUGGUUCCUGCACGCAGUUUUGAAAAAUUGUGACAACUGCAUAGUAUAACCUGCUAUGAUCAGACUUUCUUGAACAUGGCUAUGAACAUCAUUGUGCAGUUCGAUGAGAAAGUUUUGUUGAAACUAUCCUGAAGUGGUAAUUUAUGCAAUUGGAAAAAAUGUUGUACGCAACUCGGUGCAGAAUUCGAUUUUUACAGCAUUCGUUGUAAUUAUCCUUCAUUAAAACCCCUCAUUCUGCACCUUGUUGCGUAAACUACUUUACUAGUGCGGAUCAUCAUAGUAUGAAUUCAUAUUGGAGUAUGCACUACACAGUGCUCUGGCAUCACAGGUUAGUAAAUUAUCAUUUGGGGGUGGCUUAGUUUUUGGAAGGGGUAGAAAAUUGGAAUUCGAGUGCUUCUCCAGAUUCAAAUCACAUAAAAAGAGCAAACUACGAGUAUGAAACAUUCUCCACGCACAUCUUGAGGUCGCUAUUACAUACGACUAAUGACGUAUAAGUGUCCCAUGUAGAUAGAGACUCCUAUAUAACAUGGGAACAACAAGAACGACAAAGCAAGCCCCGCACUAUUACAUCCAGAUAUCAAAUAGAUAUAUGAAAUGCAAUAAUGCUUUCUGAUAAUAUUUGAAACUAGUUCGUAUUUAGCUCAAUUUGUUGUAAAACAACAAUCAGAACUACAGUCUCCUCGAAAAGCAUCCAUAGAAACGUCUUGACAGCGCAGUCAGGCUUACAUCCGUCACACACACAGUCAUCCUUGGAACCUAUGUUACUUCAUCACUCAUUCUGGAUUGCUUCUAGAACCAGUCGCAAAUCGCGACGAGGUAGUCAAAAUCGUGAGCUAAACGAGCGCAGCAAACAGAAACACACAUUUUAAUUAAAAAAACACAAAAAAAAACACACUCCCAACAAAUAUUUUUGCUGUAAAACAGUGGAACAAGCAAACUUUAGCUUAAGAAGCUGUUAUUCAGCUAGUUAUGUUACUUGGGCUGGAUGCCUUAGCUUCGGUUUUGCUGGCCACAGAGUAGGCAACGCCUACUCUUGUCUCUGGUUUGUUCCAAUCCUGUGCAGCGAUAAGUAAUUAUUUUCAAAAUUAAUGCAUUGUUUGCAUUGUAUUUAAUCAAUUCAAAGUUUUUUUUUAACGUAUAUGGGAUGAUAUGUCACUCAAAAUAAAUACCUAAACAUAAACAACCAAGCGUAUCUAUUGAUUUUGAUAAUUACUGGAAUUGAUUAUGAAACUCCAUAUUAGUUGCCGUUUUUUGAAUAUUGAGUUCACUCGUUUGGAAAAAUGUGGCACUACAUUUGGUUCCAUUUUCAACAACUUCUACUCAGCAACAAAUGAUAAGAGUGCUUUUUAAUUUUGUCAAUAUUUUAAUUCAUAAUAUUCAGUUUUAAAUAAGGCAUAUUCAAAUACACUUUGGUGCAUAAUGGAUCGGACAAUCGCCGAUUUUAAAGCAAAAUAUCCAACUUUGUAGUUCCGUGUCAAAAUUUGAGAUCAAUUCAUCAAAGCAAACCAUAGUUACAGCAUCUCAAAGUUGGCCAUUUUGAAUAAAAAUCGGCGUUUGUCCGAUCAAUUAUGCACCACAGUGUAUGUAGUUGAUGUACUGACUCAUGCUCCAACAGCAACUCAAAGCUGCAUAUUAAAAUGUAUAUAUAUCUUGAUAGUAUUUACUACACACAUUUAUGUGACAUUAUUUUCAAAAUUCUGCAUCGGCACAUGAGCUUCUGUACGAGUCAGGCGGAAAGAACCUUUUUUGCCUAACCAUAAAUAAUCCGCAUUUAUCCGUUGCUAACCGUAAAUAACCGCGUCUAACUGCUGCUCAGUUAGCAGCGGUUAGCAACGGUUGAGGAACGGAUGAAUGCGGAUUUUCUGGUUAGAAAAGGAUAUGUCAUUCCCCUUGGUACGAGUUCACUAUGUGACGUUUGAUCGGUCAUCAGUCAUGUUUACAGAAAAUAAACUCGUUUCCAUGGCCACCUAGACAAAUCGGCUUCGCUCUAAAGGCAAACGAGUGAGCACGUGUAUUGAUCCAUUUGUUUCCAUGCCUACUAAGCACAGCGGUAGCUCCAAACUCCAGUUCAUAUGAAAUUUCUAGUCUGGCUUUAAUUUCCUGGACAAUUUCAAAUUUGAUAUUUUUCAUAAUAAAUCUUAUCACAUUACUCUUUAUUUGACCAGAAAGUACUUAUAUAAAAACGUCCAAAGACCAAUCUGCCUGGACCAUCCAAAAGAUAGACUAUCAACUACCUGGUUGUAAUUAUCUUGCAAGUUAGUUAUAGUCCAAAAAUAACCAAUCAUCUUGCAUAAUUAGAAAUUAAGUUCUAUGUAGUUUUCCCCUUCUACCCCCUGCUCAGAUCCACUGACUUCCCUAUUUUCCGUCAUGAAAUGACACUUAUGCAAAUCCUCAUAAAUCUGUUGCCAAAUAUAUCCUACGCAUACAAUCUAAAUCGAAAUGUUCUAAAGCUAAAAAACAAAACUUUUAUUCAAUAUCGGCUGAGUGAUUUUUUGCAACCCGACGACAAUCUACGGAACGGAUCGAAGCAGUAUCGAUGUUUUUGUGAUUUCCUAUAUUCUAAUAGGUGUAUAUGUUACGACGUGUAAUCUUGGACCAAGUCAUCCCCCUCCCUAGUGUCCCCACACAUUUUAUGCAACGCUACCAGGUUUCUAUCAUUAUGUUUCACCUUCCUGUUGAAUGUCUGUUUUUAAUGAAAGAAAUUGAAAUUGAAUUGCUUGUUCAGUUGACCCCCCACUACUAGUCAGUAGACGUGAUUGUUCUAUCUUAUUUGGCCGCUAGUGUCAUCGUCUUUUUAGCCGUUUUUGUUGACCACGAUUGUUAUUGUAGAUCAUGUUUUAGAGCUGGAUAAAAAAAUAACCAUGCAUCUUUAAUUUAUUGCCUAUAGAGUGAACUUAACGACAACUUUUUGAAAUCUAAUUUCAAUCCAUACAAAAAAGCAUUUGCCAAAUUUUCCAAUAUUUAUACCCACUUUUUACCUAUACAAGUCCUAAUAAUAAUAUGAUUCUCAAAGCUCGGAGUGUGUCUUCUUCAUCUUAUGUAACGCGUGCAUUUUAAAAUAGAUAUUCCAUUCGCUAGUUUGUAACACGAUUCAAUAAUUCUAUGAAACACUUAUGUACUUGCUCAUUUAGAAACGAAGUAAAAUCAAAACAAAUCACUUUACACGAAUAAAAAAAAACAAAUGCUCACAACUAUACCGAACCCGUAAACUUUACACAUAUUUCGGAUUUUCAACGCAACGCCACCCGAUCGCACCCCGGUUUACUUGGAUGAUGAGAUCUCGCUGUCAGUCAGUAGUAAAAAAAAUGUAAACAAGUGAACUUCACCACUUGUUGUCAAGAAGUCGUAAGUCUGUCAGUCAGCAAUAAGGGAAAGAUGGUAUUUUUUGAUAAUAAAUAAUUGAACGCGUUUCUUCCCUCAGUUGGAUACAGUGCAAUCUCAGUAUUAGCAGCGGUUAGGAGUCAGGAGGACAGUCGGAGACGAGACAAGAACGAUCAAUUAUGCCGGGGGGAACCUAUGCGAUAGGGGUGAAUCCUAGUAACACUAUUUAUAUUAUGUAAACCACUAACAAUCUUGCCAAAUAAUGAAUAUAAUGGAAAUGUGAACCGUUUUUUGGAUGCAUCUAUUUUUACACCAUAUUCAAUGAAAACGAAACGUAUGUAAGCUCAAUGAAUAAACAAUAAUCACGAAUAUAUCGAAA